AUGGCCAAGAUUCACAAUGUAUUUCAUGUUUCUAUGCUUAAAAAAUAUCACCCCGAUCCAAGCCACGUGUUGCAAUUAGAAGGUAUUGAAGUAGAUGAGUCAUUAACUUAUGAGGAAGGACCAGUUAAGAUUUUGGAAAGAGGAGUGAAGGAAUUGCGAAAUAAGAAAAUUCAUUUGGUGAAAAUUCUAUGGAAAAAUCAUGAAAUAGAGGAAGCAACUUGGGAACUGGAAGAAGCUAUGCAGAAGAAAUACCCUGAGCUAUUUCGUAUGGAAAACAGAAAUGGACAUGCUAAUGGUGAUGGAGUGACUAAUGGACACUGUAGAGCUACUUACGCUUACCCUAAUGAGUUAGUGCAAUCUUUGGACGAUGAGCGCCGCCAGUUGUGGGACGCUAAUCAUACCUUGACCCAAGAUGCUGAGGAGUUGAGCAUCAUGGUUGACACCCAGUUCGACCGUAUAGCCGACUUAGAGAUGAGGCUAGCGGCUGAGCAUGCUAGGUUGGAGGCUGCUCGUGUGGAGAUUGAGCGACAGAGGUCUCGGGUGACUCGAUUAGUUGAGGGGAUACGUGAUAGGAGUGUUGGUAUUAGGGCUGACGCCACUAUGAUGAUGGAUGAGGCCACGAGUAUUCUUCAGGGUAAUGCUCAGGCGAGUGGCGAGGAGGACCAGGAGGAGGAUCCGGAGGAGGACGUUGCUCCUGGUAGCCCUGCUGAGGCCUCUGGACAAGUACGUCACCAAGGAGGCCCAGCCGAUACUGAGGAUCGGGCACUGGAGAGAUUUUUGAAGUUCGGACCUCCCAAGUUCUAUGGAGGACCUGAACCGGAGGUAGCCGAAGGCUGGUGGGAGAGAAUCUCCGACAUUUUCGCAGCCUUAAACAAUGCGGAAGAAAGACAAGUGACUUUCGCUGCAUUCCAGUUUGAGGGAGCUGCUCGCUCCUGGUGGAACCUGGUCAGGGUUAACUGGGACAGGAAUCAUACUCCCAGAACCUGGGCAAACUUCACAAGGGAGUUCAACGCCGAGUUUCUUCCACCUCUCAUCCAGGAGAAAAGAGAGGACGACUUCAUCAAAUGUAGGCAAGGGGCGAUGAGUGUCGCCGAAUAUGAGGAAGGUUUAGCUGCCGUUCGACUGGACACAUUUGCCAAUGCUGUCGAGAGAGCCCAAAGGGUUGAAGUAGCCAGAGCCCAAGUAAAAUCCUUUCAGGCUAAGAAAAGAUUUGCCCCUAGUAGCAGUCGGGAGCCAACUUAUGGAAGUACUCCACCGGCCAAAAUGGGUCGAGGAACGGGUGGAAUGAAUAGUCCUGGAAUAUCACGAGGCGCUCUAGCGAGAGGAACUGGGACAAGAAGUGCAGGGGGAAGAGAUAAUGGAGCUAGAGGGGGACCAACUGGAAGGGGUCAACCUAGAAAUGUCUCGCAAGGAGGUCGUACGAUAAUUUCCCAGGUGACUUGCGCGUAUUGCAAGAAAAUUGGCCAUACUGAGGACGUUUGCUGGAAGAAACAAGAAAAGUGCUUGAAGUGCGGAAGCAGUGAGCACCAAAUUUCGGGUUGCCCAAAAAUGCAAGAUGGUGGUACCCUGAAUGCUACACCAGUCAAUUCUGGAGGAAAUAGGCCGAAAGUUCCGGCCAGGGUGUACGCUAUAAAUGACCAACCUGUACCUGAUUCCUCGGAAGUUGUGGAAGGUACUCUUCCAAUUUUUCAUCGAUUAGCUAGAGUAGUAAUUGAUCCUGAUGCAACUCAUUCAUUUGUGAAUCCAACUUUUAUGUCCGGAAUUGAUGUGCAAUCUGUUAAAUUACCCUUCGAUCUUGAAGUUAGGACACCUAUGGGUAAUAAGAGUAUAAUCACUAGCCUGGCCGAUAAGAACUACGAAUUCUGGGUUGGAGAGCGUAAGAUGCUAGUAGACCUAGUCAGUUUGGACAUAAAAGGGUAUGAUGUUAUCAUAGGAAUGGAUUUCCUAGCUCAUUACCAUGCUAAGUUUGACUGUAGGGCAAAAGUGGUAGAAUUUUGGAUUCCUGGGGAAGCAACCUUGAAAUUGGAUGUGAAAGGUAGGUUAGCAUCAACUGCCAUGAUUUCGGAAAUUCGGGCAAGAAAAAUGUUGUAUAAAGGAGCGCAAGGUUUCUUAGCUUUUCUGAUUAACGCUCCCUGUGACCAAGUGAAGUUAGAAGAUGUACCAGUGGUACGGGAAUUUUCUGAUAUUUUUCCCGAAGAACUAAAAACAUUACCGCCGGAGAGAGAAGUGAAGUUCAAGAUUGAUUUGGUGCCGGGAACGGCUCCGAUUUCUAAGACUCCGUACCGAAUGUCUCCUGCAGAGCUAAAAGAGUUGAAAAUUCAACUGCAGGACCUACUGGAGAAAGUUUUCGAUAGAGAAAGUGACUCACCAUGGGGCGCACCCGUUCUAUUUGUCAAGAAAAAUGACGGAAGCUUGAGGUUAUGUAUCGAUUACCGAGGGUUAAACGAGAUUACAAUUAAGAACAAAUACCCUCUACCUUUGAUCGAUAGUUUAUUUGAUCAGCUGCAAGGAUCUCGAGUUUUUAAGAAGUAUCUGGAUCAGUUCGUAGUGAUUUUCAUCGAUGAUAUUUUGAUAUAUUCUAAGACUCGAGAGGAACAUGUUAAGCACUUGGAGAUGGUUUUACAGAUAUUAAGAGAGCAUAAGUGGUAUGCCAAAUUCAGUAAGUGCGAGUUUUGGCUGGAAGAGAUAUCUUUUCUAGGACAUAAGGUUUCUAAAGAUGGAAUUGCCGUAGAUCCGGCAAAAGUUGAGGCAGUCACAAUGUGGAAACAGCCAGAAACUCCAACAGAGGUUAGAAGUUUCUUGGGUUUAGCGGGUUACUAUAGGAGGUUUAUCAAGGAUUUUUCGAAGAUUGCUGGACCUAUGGCCGAACUGACCAAGAAAGGUAACAAGUUUAUCUGGACUCCAAAGUGCGAGUCAAGCUUUCAAGAGUUAAAAAGGCGCUUAACAUCAGCUACUGUGUUGGCUUUGCCUGACGGAGUAGAAGGUUAUGUCGUAUACUCUGAUGCCUCUAGAGAAGGUCUAGGAUGCGUACUAAUGCAAAAGGGUAAGCCACUAGAAAUCCCUGAAUGGACGUGGGACCACAUAACCAUGGAUUUUGUAACGGGGUUGCCUCGAAGUUGA